CCACCACCACCACCACCACCUCAUCGUCGGUCGCACGCAGCAACUAUGGCUCAGGGGUCAAGACUCUUUCGCUAAACCUGCCUGGCUCCACCCACCCAGGCGCACAUACACUCUCGCCGACGUCGGCACUACACAUCUCACAAGUACCACGCAGCCUCCGCUGCGAGCGUACAGAAAGCUUGUCAAGGGCUUGUUUGUCGCUGGUCGGCAAUGGGAGCCACUUGGAAGCCCACCCUGCUGGAGUUCUACGCGGAAGUCCAGAAAGAUCCCGCCUCGAGCGACCCGUCUGGCAGCCCGGGCACCUCGAAGAACAGCCGGGGCCCGAUCUCGCAGCUGCAGGAGUACGUGCAGGAGGCCUCCACGGCCUUCGCCCUGCCUGCGAACUGCUCGGUCCUGCAGUGGAACCUGAGCACCCGGGCGUCCUCGGCGAACCUGGAGUUCCGCGCCACAGUGGCGUUCAUCCUCCAGGGCGUCCCGCACCACGUGGCCGGCGUCUGGAGGCCCUCCAAGAAGGCCGCCCAGCGAGACGCCGCCGAGCGGGCCCUGGAGCUGUACGACGCCCCCCGGGCGGAGGGCGGGGGCGCAGCGGAGGAGGGCAGGUCGCCGCUGUCGGCGGUGGCGGAGCUGCGGUGCGAGCAGCCCUGGUUCGUGGCGACGGCCCCGGACGACGUGGUCUUCAGCGUCCCCAUCCCGGGCAAGCUCGCGGCGGCGGCACGCCGCGCGCCGGAGUUCGGGGGCGUCCAGGAGCGCGCGGCGCCGCCAGCGCCCGCGCGCCCGCCGCCGCCCGCGAGCGGCGCGCUGCCGUGGCCCAGCCUGACCCUGGCGGCGGAGCGCGGCGUGGCCGCUGGGGUGCCGAUGCCACAACGGCUGCUGCCGCACCACGCGCCGAAGGCGCUGCUCUGCGCGCCCCCGGGGCUGGGCGCCGCGCCGGCCGGCCUGGACUCAGGCGCACCACCGGGGCUGGAGCUGGGCACGCCACCAGGCCUGGAGCUGCUGGAGGACACGCAGAGCGAGGACACGCAGCAGGAGCACGUCGAGCUGCUGAGGGAAUUCUGCGACGAGAUGGAGUGGCCGCAGCCCCGGUUCUGCGUCAAGGCCGAGGGGGACGGGUGCCUGGCGAUGGUGGAGAUCGUCGUCCUCGGCGUGCUCCACACCUUCUCAGGCCGGCUGUGCGAGGACCUCGAGUCGGCCGAGGCGGACGUAGCCCAGAGGGUGUUGUGGUACCUGCGGGCCCCGGGCAGCGAGGACGCCUUCGAGCCAGACGAGGAGUACGCCAAAAAGGCGGCUCAGCUGAUCCCUGGGCCGCCCAAGGCAGAUUGGGUCAAGGACGGCGUGCUGAAGGACGAGGUGGCAGAGCGGAAGACGACCGUCAUGGUGGUGCAGAACAGGCUGCAGCAGGUUUUCUCACACCAGGUGGUGCCUGGCAUGCCCGUGUGGCAUUGGAGCUACGAGCGAGGACGACGCGCUGGCCUGGAUCCAAAGCUGUAUCGCGCCAGGGUGACCAUUCCGCUCGCAGGCCGGCAGUUCGUUGGCAAGUGGAUGUAUGAUCAGAGGGAAGCCCAGAUCGACACCUGCUCUCACGUCAUCGAGUACAUCGACAAGGAAUGCCCACCGAGGCGGUGACCUAUUUCGGCCUGUGCUCGGUGUACCUGGCGAGUUUCCCUUUGCCGGCUCCUAGCCUGACAAUCUGCCCGUCCCCCAUCCCUCUCUCCAGCCUUCCCGCUUCCACGCCUGCUCAGCGCGUAUUCCCGGCGUCACGUGCCACUACUUGGCAGCGACCCCAGAAACCCACGGACGGUUGGCAGCUUAUGUUCGCCCCCACGUUCGGAAAGAGUAUGGACGGGCCAUGGCCGUCCCGGUGGCCUCGCUCCCCACCUCGUCUCCCUCUCGGUAGGGCCCACAGCGACCCGGCACCGGUCAGCACUGGUCUAGCGAUCUUUCGUUGAGCCGUCGCGGACGGUUGCAAGACGGUUGCAACCAAUGCCGUCCCGAGCUUAUCCAGGAAC